AUCAUAAUCAAAUCAGCAAUCUACUAGGAAGCUUUAGCGGCGCAGACAAGUUCAACCUCGACUUGGAGAACCUUGCCGGUAUCAGCGGCUUUCACUUGAAACCAGUGUGGGAAAAAUGGUGUCCUUAAAUACACAUGGAUGAUGGACCACGAUUCGGCACGAUGUUUGUGCGGGCAACAUUGCUGCUGCAUUGCGGCAUGUGCAUGUUACCUACUCUUAAAUACCAGCUAGCUGUAGCAGUGUGGGUAGAGAGCUCUGCUCUGAGUCUGAGCUACGUACCUUGGUCAUACCGUACUACCUUUAUGAUGGAUCAUGGUAGGCCAAGUACAGGAAGUACCUGACAAAGGAGCUGACCUGCCCAAUUCAAAAAGCAGACGGGGGAGUGCUAUGUCGCUUCUUUACAUGGGCAGCAUUGUCCUCUCUAUUUUAACUAGCUAGUUCCUCCAGAUCAUGCCUGUUUCGGAUCUUUCCUUCGGCAGGAAACUUCCAGCUCCCUGUUUCCUCCCAUUUCAGUGCCAGCUCGUUCGCCGCCAUGGCUACCAUUGCCGGACGCAGAUCUCUCCAUCCAACCCUCCUUCUGGGAGUGCAGCUUGUUUUCUUGGCUUUUUGGGUUGGCAAUGCCGCCGCGCAGGGCCUCAUUGUGGUGCCCAAGACGGUGACACGCGAGCUGGGGGGCUAUUACAUCAGCAAACUAGGCCUGGCGGAGAACGGGCUCAACUACUACGCCAUCCUCUCGCAGCGCAACGUGCAGACCAACGUGUACAACUACGUGAACGACAUUGCGGAUUCGGACACGCCUCGGACCGCCGCGGCCAAGAUCUCAAAUGUCCGGGGGCUGUACGAAACGCGCACGGUCGGGGGGAAGGUGAAGGUGGAGUCGUUCUUCCGACUGCUGCGUUGCGGGGACGACGGCUGCUUUGCUGUCAACCGGCUGAUCGCGUCCGCGAUAACGGACGCGACCGGUACAACGCACGUGCUCUCGCACGUCAAGACGGCGAUGGGGGCUUCCGGAUGGCUGGUCAACGCGCCCCAAGCGGUUGUUAACACAUUCUUGACGCAGCCAGAGGAGCAGCAGCUGCUAUACGUGGACGGGAUCUUCAAGACCAAGCUUUUUUACAAGGUGGCGACGCCGCCGCCUCCUUGCAGAGGCUCCGCCCCCCAAACCCAGACGGGCUCCAUUUCCGAGUUCCAAAAGCUGCCCGGCUUCGCGUGCAUCAACGUCGGCGGGACGCCCAUCUUCGUCGGCACGAGCGUCCCCAACAUGAUCACCGUAAUCAAGGCGGCCGCCGUGCCCUUCAGCCAGUGCGACGGGUCGCUGGGCAUCCUCUACUCGCUCAGCGCCGAGGGCGGGCCGCGCAUUUUGCGCUGGAUCCAAACCCCCGGGGAAGUCCCUCUCAAUAUCGUGAUGGAUCUGCCGCCCAGUGCCGGAAUCUGCUCUCAACUCUACGAUACCCCGGAUCUGACCAUCCAAGCCGCGCAAAACAUUCUCGCGUACAACGGGUUUAUCGGCACGGUCAACUACACCCUCGCACCGCUCGCGUCGGUCUCCGAGCUCGGGUUCGCCGGUCGCUGCGCGCCGGUGUUCUUCGCGAGCGGGUACGGCGUGCAGCUCACGGGGCAGAACGAGGCGAUCACGGACGGGAGCACGAACAAAACUCUCGUCGGCGCGUUUGCGCCGUACUCGGCCACCGGCGCGUGCGUUUCCAUGAUGGGCGUGAACCAGCCCAGCAGCGGCUCGAUCAACUUCAACGAGGACGAGUGCGCAGCGAUCUUCCUCGGGAACACGGCGCAGCAAACGGACGGCGUCGUGACGUAUUUGGGGCUCGACCCGGACGAUCAGCCGACGGCGGCGGACCGUGCGUCGUUGUUGCAGCAGUGCGCGGACCCGACGAACAUACGGUACAAGUUUGACAUCCAAGUGGUGUUGCCCCAGAUGGCGGCGGACUUUGAGACGGACAAGAACUUCCUCGUUUCAUCGACAGAGGUUAAGCUCCACUUGGACGGCGUAGCCGCGAAUGCCGCUUCCGUUCUGGCCGUCGAGGUGGCCCUCGCGACGAGCGGAAUCGUGGUCGCGCGAAUGAUCGCGCGCUCGGGGCUCUACCGCCGGCGGCGCAUCCCGAGCAACUUUGCGCGCGCGCUCGCGCUCAUUGUGACGGCGGUGGUCGUGACGCUGUUUAACAUCCCCAACUUUGCGCUCAUCAGCAAGUCGCUGAGCAACAAGAGCACGGUUACGACGUAUACGCAGGCGAGCAUACGCGAGUACCGCCCGACCAACUUUUCCGCGGUCAUCCGCGCGGAGACGCACUCGUUCGUGGAGGUGACGGGAUCGUCCGCGACCGCCAUUAUCGGGCUGCUGCUCUACGGCGCCACCAUGGUUUGCUGCCUCUACCUCACAUGGUCCGAGUUCACCGAAAUCAUCCAGCGCAGGAUCGCCGCUGAGAGCCGUCUUGGCCAGGAUGCUCUCAUCGCGGACAAAGAUCUUCUCGUCCAGUGGCGCGGAACGGACAGUCUGGUUUACGACACUCUCCAUCCCAAGAAAGUCGUCGAGUCGGCGCAAGCGCAGGAACUCGAGAUCAUGCGCCGCAACCUAGGCAUGGGGCCCCCUUCUUCCGGGGGGGUCGCCGCGAGCUCGCCGCGGACCCCCCUGGUGCAGCGGCCCGGCGCGGGGGGGUCGAGGGACCUGUACCCGGACGCUUCAAAGGGCACCCCGGAUCUGUAUCCGGAUGUGUAACCGGACCGAGAAUGGUUCAUAACCGGACACGUACCUGGGGGGGGCGGAGAUUGGAAAGAGGGGUGGAGUAUGUGAUUGGGGAGCCGUUGAGUUUCUGAAGCGAAGUUUGGGGUGUUGAUUUAUUCCACCAAGGGGAAACGGAAGGCCCCCGGACAACAAAGGCCCCGGUAUUCAUGAAGGUGACAAUUGGGAGGAGGGGCCGGAGUCGGCUUUGAGGACAGCGAUUCGGGAUGGAGAAAGGAGGAAUGAGCGGUUUUGAGAAAAUAUUGGUCAAAAGACUGGGAAAUGGGGGAGAGGGUUUGCAAUGGGGGAGAAGGUGCGAAGUCGUUUGCGAGAUCGGAAAGCAAUGGCACCUCGACCUGGGGAAAGAGUGGGUUUGGAGCGACGGGAAAUCGAGUGCAAGAGAGUAAACUUCAUUGAACGAGAGGUGUUGGAUUGGGUGAAGCAAAUCACAGAGCUGCGGCGAAGUGUUUUUGUCGAGAUUGGACGUCGGGUUACCAUUGCAAAUUCAGAGCACACCCUUUCAACGAUUCUGCGGCUUACAAAAGGAAUGGUUAUCCGUGGCGACGGCGUCUUUGUGUUGUUCCCGUUUUCGACCAUCUUUGAAACGCUAGUCUCGUCUUAUUUCUGGUUUAGAAAUUAGCCAGCUGGGCUCGCUUUGCGGGAAGCUGAGAAGAGGAUCAGAGCAAGUUUUGAUCAAACAAUCAUAGAAUUAUGUAUAGGUUCGGCAACACGUAAAUUAAGCUCUGCUUGCUCCCUUCAUGCUUGCGGAAGGCCCGAGCAUUAGACUGACCGUCGGCACCGAGACGUCAAAUUCGAGAGAAGACAAUUAAACCGUUUGGCAUCGCUUACUUUGACGUUAAGCGCGCAGACUUUGUCUGGACCGCGUUUAG